AUGUUGGUGUCGCCGACGGCUGCGCCUAGCGCCUCUGAAUUACAAACGAUUCAAGAUCUCAGAUCAAUUUUACCGGAAAUCUCGGAACUCAAUGACGGUUACGUAUUACGUUGGCUUCGAGCCAAACAAGGCAGAUUUGAUGAAACCGCCGAAUGUCUGAAAAAGCACGUCGUGUUCCGAAAUGCGUGGCAUCUCGACACAAUUGCCAAAUGGACCCCGCCGGAGUGUCUGGAAAAAUAUUGCGGAUAUGGUCUUCUCGGAGACAACGAAGGCCGCCCAAUUCUCAUGUCGCUUUUGGGAAAUGUUGAUGUUGAGGGUCUUUUGAGGUCCGUCGCAUCAUUGGAUUAUAUCAAAUUCUCAUUGGCGGCUAUUGAAAAAGGAUUACGAUUGUGUGAGGAAAAAGCAAAAGAAAGCGGUCGACCAUUCGAACAAAUGACAUUGGUUUUCGAUUUGGAGCACAUUUCGUCGGCUCAUUUCUCGUGCAAACAAUUCGCCUCGUCGUUCACAACGCUUGUCAGUCUGUUUCAGGAUCACUAUCCACUCGUUCUCAGGAAAAUAUUAAUAAUCAGAGCACCGGAAAUGGCUCGAAUCGCCUAUGCCUCAAUUACCGCAAUUCUGCAAGACCCAAUCACACGCUUGGUUGAAAUGCCAUCAGAAGCCGACUGGAAAUGGUCCCUAGCGCAAAUCGUGAAUCUCGACGCGUGGCCAAUGUAUUGGGGCGGAAAUCUCGUCGAAAACGGCGAUCCCAAAUGCCCAUCGCGAAUCCGAUACGGUGCCGGUCCAAUUCCUGAGACCUAUUUCGUCGAUCCCAAAAAGGCGAUGGCGGAUUACGAUCAGCUGACGACCGUUUACGCCGGCGACAAGCACUUGAUCUCGAUUCGCGUCAAGAAACCAAGUCGGAUCAGUUGGCAGUAUAUGACAGAGGAAGACGACAUCGGAUUCGAAAUCCAUUAUGAUCCAACCGCGCAGUGCGACAAACUCACGGAUAUGGAAACCGUCUAUCCAUAUAUUCGCUUGGAAUGCACAAAUGUGCCAAUCAGUGGGCAUUUGGACGUCACAAAACCCGGAAAUUACGUCAUCGAAUUCGAUAACUACUAUUCGUGGUUCUCAGCCAAACAGCUUCGCUACAAUAUCGAAAUCGAAGAACUGUAA